AUGAUGAUACACGUUUUCAAUGAUGAAAACAUUCAGAAGCCAGAAAAAGGAAAGGAAGCACUUUCCAUCAACAAGGUAGAAGCUCCUUCUUCAAUCAUUUCCAGCAGUUCCCUAUCAACUUCAGAAUCCAGUUCUCGAUCUUAUGCUACUUCCAACACCAGUGAACUCGCUCAGCCAAGAGCCAAUGCAUGGAAGACUGUCUCACCACCAAAGAAUGGAUCCGUUUGGGACAAAAAAGUAACCACUCCAAAAGCAUCAGAUGAAGUACAGUCUAUUCGAAGACCACGCAGCAUUGUUGACAUUAUCAUUGCUGUAGAAAAAGCAAAAGCUGAUCAAACCUCACAAUGGCGUCAAACAGAGCACAAUGCAAAUUAUUCAAACGGAAUUUCUUCGAUUGUUGAUGCUUAUGAUGGUCCUUAUCUUAAUUCACAAAGGAUAUCAAAACAGAAUUGUGUGGUCAGACCGUCUUCUUCCACGUACAGUUCUUCACAAAGAUCAUCUUCCAACCCCGACACUGUUACAGCUUCGCAAGUUUUGCCGCCCCUUCCACCACCACCGCGUCCAAAUGCAACCAAACAAGAACAUCAUAGGUACUUCUAUGCAUUGAGAAAGGCGACAAGAUUGCGCAAACAAAUGAUGAACGCAUCAAAUUCACCGCCGCAAGAGAUUAAACGACAUGGUUUUCAAAUGAGCGGAUCAGAAAGCUCAACAUCUUCUUCAGGUGGUGGCGGUGGCUCUGGCUCUCAACAUUCUCGCUUUAGACGUUAUUCAGAAUCAUCAAAUACCGAUACAAAAUUGCCUUUUAUGCAACAUAUCUCCAAUACCAACAAACAACUUUCUACCGUGAUCAAUCCUCAUUCAAGCCAAUCAACUUUAUUUCCUGUUCCUCCUCAAACGCAUAAUCCAAUUGCAAUGUAUCAAGAUGAUCUUCAUUCGCCUUCUUAUAUCGCUAUGAAAGCUUGGCAAAACACAUCCUUGGCUUCUCGACCAAAGCGUGCAUAUGAUCCUCAAUUUAUGCUCGAUAUCCUUGAUUCCGAUGAUAAAGAGACGCAAGAACUUUUUCUUGACUUGGACGCUACUAUUCGAUUACAACAUGCUGAACUUGGCUUCUGACAGAUUCCCAUUGCCUCCUUUUGCUUCUCUAUCUCAUUGAUUGCUUCUCAUACUUCAUUGCACUAGCCCUCUAUCUUUUCACUUUCAUUUGCUUC